AUGAUUCGAAUUUAGCAAUUGCACACCCAAAUUUCAGAAACUGCUGGAUCCAAAGGACAACCACUUGAACAAAAGACAUAAUACAAACUAGAUUGGUUUAAGAACAAUGGAUGGGGAUACAAAGAUACAAAAUUCAUUUUGGAAUAGGAUGGGGCAGUCAGAUUAACAGGGAAUAAAUAUAGGUUUUCCAAUUAAAAAAUGAUGAAGUUUAAGGAGUGGGCAGAGGCUAAAGUAGGCAUAGAUUUAAGUUUGAAUUGUGAAGCACAAGUUGAAAUACCUGCAGAUCCCCCUAUUAUUAAUGAAUAAUUUGUAAAUGCCAUCUAAGGGUUAUUCAAUGAAGUCUCAUUUAAUGAUGCUUAGAGAAUAUUACAUUCUCAUGGACACACCAUGCAAGAAAUUUAUGAAUUAAGACAUGGCAAAUUGGCUAGAAUUGUAGAUUGUGUUAUCUAUAUCAGUUCACAUGCAUAAGCAGAAACACUUGUUAAAUUAGCCUAGGAACACAACGUGAUGUUGUGCGUAUACGGUGGUGGCACUAAUGUAACUUGGGCUCUGCAAUGUCCAAAGGAGGAAAGGAGAAUGAUAGUGUCAGUUGAUAUGUCAAGAAUGAAUCACGUUAGAUCUGUAGAUAGAAAGAAUAUGACUGCCUUGGUAGAAGCUGGAAUUACAGGCAAAGAUCUGGAAAAAGAGUUGUCUCGUUAUGGAGUUGUCUGUGGUCAUGAACCUGAUUCCGUUGAAUUCUCUACACUCGGAGGUUGGAUAAGCACUAGAGCCUCAGGCAUGAAAAAGAACAGAUAUGGGAAUAUCGAAGAUAUUGUACUUUCUGUUAAAGUGGUAACACCAACUGGGACGUUAUAACAAAGUUUGGAUUAUCCUAGAGUCAGCAGUGGACCUGAUUUGAAUUAAAUCAUUUUGGGAUCUGAGGGUACUUUAGGUAUUAUCACUGAAGCAGUUAUUAAAAUUAAAGCUUAACCUGAGGUUUGCAAAUAUGAAUCUAUUUUAUUCCACAAUUUUGCUUUGGGCACUGAAUUUAUGUAUCGAUUAUCCAGAAGUAAGGUUUGGCCUGCAUCUGUGAGAUUAGUUGAUAAUAAUCAGUUCUAAUUUGGUAUGGCUUUGAAAACUAUGCCUCAUAACAAGAGGGAGGAAUUCAUGGAUAAAAUCAAGAAGUACUUCGUCACUCAAUUCAUGUAAUUUGAUCCAGAUUAAAUGUGUUUGGUCACUGUAGUUUUUGAGGGAACUAAAUAAGAAAUUGAAUUCCAAGAGAAGAAAGUGUUUGAGUUAGCUAAAUUUUACAAAGGAUUUAGAGCAGGGGCUGAAAAUGGGGAGAGAGGAUACUUCUUAACUUACAUGAUAGCAUACUUAAGAGAUUUCGCUAUGUAGUUUUAAUUUAUAGCUGAAUCCUUUGAGACUGCCGUUGGAUGGAAAAAUGUGCCUAGUGUUUGUGAGAAUAUCCAAAGAAGGAUUGUGGAAGAAUGUUAAAAAAGAGGAGUGGAGAAGGAACCUUUCGUUUCUUUUAGAAUUUCUCAGGUUUAUGAUUCUGGAGCUACAAUAUAUGUGUAUUUUGGUUUCGGAUACAAGGGGAUUGAAGAUCCUGUGAAGUGUUAUUCCGAGAUUGAAGAUGCAGCAAGGGAGGAGAUCAUGAAAAAUGGAGGGUCUAUCUCUCAUCAUCAUGGUGUGGGCAAAUUGAGGAAGUAAUUUAUGUAAAGGUAAAUUGGAGACACUGGAGUUGAGAUUUUGAAGAGAAUUAAGUAACAAAUCGAUCCAAAAAAUAUAUUUGGGAAUCAGAAUUUAAUAUGAAAAUGAUAUAUCAAUGUUUUAUAUGCAUAAAAAUAUAUUUAAAACUAACAGUUAAA